GCCUCCAGCAGCACGUGACAGAGGGGCGGAUCACGUGUCAACGGAAGAAGAUGCUUUUGUUUUUCCUUGGGAAAAAAGUCGAGGAACAAUGUUUGAAAAGGCGAUUUUUCAGUUAUAUCAUACAUUUUUCUCAAAAGCAAAGUCGUAAUCUAAUAUAGGACAUGGAAUCUUUUGGGAUAUCUGAACUACAUUUCCACAUCUUGAAGCUUGUUUGACGCUCCAUUUGGGAAUUCGUGAAGCUGCAGAGAUUGCAAGGCGGAAGAAGGGAAUUUCGAAGGGACGAACUGAGAGAGCCUAGUGAUGGCUCCGGAUUAAUUUUAUGAGAGCUUUGCAAUGUUUUUCAACUUAAUUCGGAUUCAUAUGAAAUCAAAUGUAUAUUCUAAAACACAGAUUAAUCUCUGUGUCUCAUUAAUGCCAUAAUUUGGACUGAUCAUUUGCGAUCAAGAAACUCAAAAUGGCGGAGGCCUGGCCCAUCCCCCAGGCCCUGUUCCUGCUCAUAGUGAGUGUCGUGGGCCUGGACACUUGCCCUUCUCCCUGUACGUGUUCUGGUGGUCCAGGUUCAGCACAGCUGCUGGACUGCAAUAGGAAAAGACUGACUUCUGCAGCUCUGGAAGCUCCAGCCUGGAUCACCCAUGCGUCUAUGAAUCAGAAUGAACUCACAGCGGUGCCUUUUCUUGGAGAUGCCUCGUCCAACAUUACUGUGCUGUCACUUGUACAUAAUCGAAUCUCUGAAGUCAUGGCCGAGCAGCUGUUGCCUUAUUCAUCUCUGGAAAGUCUGGACUUGAGCUCUAAUUCUAUAUCUGAGCUUAAGGCUGGAUCAUUCCCUCCCAUGCAGCUGAAAUACCUCAACCUGAGCAAAAACAAGAUAAGUUCCUUAGAGCCCGGCUGUUUCGGAAACAUCAGCUCCCUUCUGGUGUUGAAGAUAAACCAGAACAGACUCUCUCUGCUGCCGGAUAAAGUCUUCACCCUCUCUCAGCUCCAAGUCUUAGAGUUGAGGCGCAACAGGAUUCGUGUGGUGGAAAGUCUCAUUUUCAAAGAACUGAAGGCUCUUAAAUCGUUGAAGAUGCAGCGCAACGGCAUCACCAAGCUGAUGGAUGGAGCUCUCUUUGGUUUGGAAAACAUGGAGGAGCUAGAGUUGGAGUAUAAUAAUUUGACGGAGCUGAAUAAGGGCUGGCUGUAUGGACUGCACAUGUUAAGGAUUCUGCGUGUCAAUCAGAAUAAUGUUGGACUCAUUCGAGCCGAUGCCUGGGAGUUUUGCCAUCGCUUGGAAGAAUUGGAUUUGUCUUUCAAUCACUUGAGUCGUUUGGAGGAUUGGGUGUUUUCUGGUCUCAGUCUCCUGCAGAGUCUUAACUUGGGUGACAAUCAAAUCACACACCUGGGAGAAGGAGUGUUCAGCAGCCUGGCUAACGUCCGUACAUUGGACAUCCGUAAUAAUGAGAUAUCUCUCGCUAUCGAGGACUUUGUUGGCAUGUUUGUGGGUUUGAAGAGGCUGAACUCGCUAGUUUUACAGAAUAAUAAAAUCAGGACCAUCACUAAGAAAGCGUUCGAGGGUCUGGUGGAGCUGGAGCAUUUGGACCUGAGUAAGAAUGGCAUCAUGUCUAUUCAUCCUGACGCUUUCACUCAUUUAAAACUUAAAACACUUGAUCUGAACACUAGCAGUCUCCUGUGUGACUGUCAGCUGCAGUGGUUGGGCCAGUGGUUGACUGACAGCCAUUUCCAGCAAUCCUGCACCACUGUCUGUGCUCAUCCCGCCUCCCUGGCAGGAUCUAGUGUGCUUGUCAUUAAACCAGAGGAGUUUGUCUGCAAUGACUUCCCUAAACCCCAGAUCAGCGCUCACCCCAAGACUGUUGUCGCCUUACGUGGGACCAACAUCACUCUGAACUGCUCUGCGUUCAGCAGCAGCGACUCUCCCAUGAGCACCGCCUGGCGCAAAGACGGAGAGGUGCUGUAUGAAGCUCAGGUGCAGAACUACGCUCGGUACCAGGAUCAGCGCCUCCUCUACACCACUGUACUCCACCUGCUCAACGUCAAUUUCACAGAUGAGGGCCAGUACCAGUGUGUUGUCUCCAACCAUUUUGGGUCUAACUACUCCACCCUGGCCAAGCUCACUGUUAAUGAGCUCCCCACCUUCCUGAAGACACCCAUGGAUCUGACCAUCCGCACUGGUACGGUCGCUAGGUUGGAGUGCGCUGCAGAGGGACACCCAACACCCCAGAUCGCGUGGCAAAAAGAUGGCGGUAUCAAUUUCCCUGCUGCCCGUGAAAGAAGGAUGCAUGUCAUGCCAGACGAUGACACUUUUUUCAUUGCUAAUGUGAAGGCAGAGGAUAUGGGUGUCUAUAGCUGUACAGCCAAAAACGAGGCAGGCAGCCUGUCGGCCAAUGCCACUCUUACUGUGCUAGAAACCCCAUCCUUCCAGCGCCCUCUAGAGGACCGUAACGUCGCCCGCGGUGAGACUGCUGUCCUCCAGUGCAUAGCUCGCGGUAGCCCCGCCCCCCGUCUUAACUGGACCAAAGACGACGCACCGUUAAUACUGACGGAACGUCACUUUUUCGCCGCAGCCAAUCAGCUCCUCAUAAUCGUAGAUGCUGGCCCUGCUGAUGCAGGGAAAUACACAUGCAUUAUGUCCAACACACUAGGCACAGAGCGCGGCCAUAUCUACCUCAGCGUCUCGCCCUCGGCCAACUGUGACCCGGUGACCAGCGUAUACGGUCAGGAUGGAUGGACAACGGUUGGCAUUGUUGUGAUGGUGGUCGUUUGCUGUGUUGUUGGCACCUCACUUGUGUGGGUCAUCGUCAUUUACCACAUGAGGAGAAAGAGUGAAGAUUACAGCAUUACUAAUACAGAUGAGAUGAACCUACCAGCGGACAUUCCCAGUUACCUCUCGUCUCAGGGUACGCUGUCAGAGCCUCAGGAGGGCUACAGUAACUCGGAGAACGGAAGCCACCAGCAGCUCAUGCCAUCACAUGCUAAUGGUUAUGUCCACAAAGGCACCGAUGGAGUAUGUUAUGGUGAAGUGAGCAGUGAUGUUGAUCCAGACGCUAAUGGAAUGCUGGGUAGUCAUGUGGGCUCUUUCUUUGCUGGACGUAGCAGCUUCCAUCGGAGCGAACCUAGAGAGGGACAGACAAAUGUCCCCAAUGGGGGAGCGGGCCCUCUAGUCAUCUGCUCAGACUGCUACGACAACGCCAAUAUCUACUCGCGCACGCGUGAGUACUGCCCAUACGCCUACCUGACAGAGGACGACCCACUUGUGGCUCAGAUCUCUCGGGACGGACACCAGAGCAGCCAUCAAGAGCGGGAUCAGCACACAGACGCGGCACUGGAGAGUUUUAUAAGUCAGCAGAACACCUCUGUGUUCCUCACCAACCAUGAACCACGACUACCAGCAUCACAACACUAUAGCACUGAUGUCCCAGGGAGAUCAUUUUGGGAUGGUGAGGAAACCCAUUCUUCCAUCCUUGCCCAGGCCUCAGUGACUGUACACAAGCCCCCGACGGGUCUGUCCGCUGGGGACAGCAGAGAGGAGAGGAGGGGGGCACUGGAGGAAGGCUCAUACAGGACUAACUCACAGGAAAGCGCCUCUGCGCCCACAUAAACCCCAGCCAGCCCUGUCUUCCCCAAACAUCACCACCUUGUCCUUCAGUUGCCUCCCAGUGCCCUCAGCCCACUACCUCCUUGGAGAAGCCUCAUUAUCUGCCAAAUGAAAUGCCUCUCUCUUCAAUGUUUACACUGCCUCUCCUGUCCCUCACCACCAUGUUCCUUUGUAGCCCACUUGGAUGUGCAUUUUGCGGAAAACUCUUUGAAACGGCAGAGAGAAUUCCUGCUUUCACUAUUCCUCAAAGUCUGGUUUGAGCCCUGAAUGUAACAUUUCCAAGAGCUCCGCUAGUCCUACCGUAACCUGUGACGUACAGAUUAUGCCAUGUUUGGUUUUCCUACCUACUUAAGAGCGUUGAGCCUUUUUGCGUAUGCCAAAGCUUGACCCAGACUCACCUAUAACUUGCUUCUGCUCUGGUACAGAACCUGUACGAACAUUAACUGUGAAGAUUGGACUGCUGAAGUAGGGCAGUGAUAUUCUCUGAGUGACAUCAGAGGGUUAAUCACCUGUGUUGCAUUUCUCUUUCCUAUUGGCAAGUGGUACUGACUGACCAAUAAUGUGUUAACAGAGCAGAAGACUCUGUUGUUUCCACUGUUAUUGUACGCCGGAGUUACUGUUAUUUGUCAUUAAUAAUGCAUUUUUUUUUGUGUAGUGCUUCUCACAAACUCAAACAUAUUUUUCAUUUUCUGUGUUUUCUUAAGGCACUAUAAUAGACAGUAAGAAAGACCUGAUAUAUUGCACCUUUGACAAUCUGCCCAGUACAGCCUUAUGCAAUCGUAAUAUGCUAACUCGUUUUUAUUUUUUACGCUUCUUUCCUGUAUAAUGCUUUCAUCUUUCUAUUUUGUGUCUUUUGUGACAUAAUAUUAAGGGUUAACAUUUGAAUUGGUCUAACCUCACUUGUGCAUUCUUGCAAGUGUGCACCAAAUGGAAUUUUACAUUUAUUGCAAUUCCAUACAUGCUGCAUUUGAAAUUUGUUGUUACAGACGAACCUUUUUUAGGCUUUCAGGUCAUCUUCUCAAUUUAAGGUUUAAGAACUGUUGUGACAGUUAGGCAUGGUCAUGCCUAGUCAUUUUUAUUGUUUUGGCCUUGAAAGCACCGCUGGAUUUUGACUUUCUUGCUGCCCAAUUAUUUAACGGACACCUUUUAAGGAAACACAUUUUAGGCUCCCUUUCAAGGCGCUAACAUCACGUCUAAUGAUCUUGAACAAAUUCAAGUGAGCUUUGGAGAUGACCACAUAUUUAAUGACCACAAUUCUUAUGUCUUAGAAAUUGGAGAAAAAAUUAUUUUAUAAAUGUAUUUACUGCUUUUAGCCAGUCAUUCUAAAUUUAUUCUUUCAGCUUAUGCUGAACAACAUGCAUAGGAUUGUUGGGUAUCAAAAUUAACCAAAUUAACUAUAUUAAGUGUGGUAGGUGUGUGGUAUCUUAGUAUCUUGAUUUGAACAUGCCUUGAUCCCUUCCUGCCAUUGUUGUCAAAUUGGGCUACUUUAACACUGUUGCCAUGGGUUGUUUUUCAUGUCCACGGGUUGAAGUGACCCCAAAUAACAUAAUAUUUAGCCCCUGGAAUGCGAAUUUUACCGGGGAAAGUGCCAAAAAGAGAAUUUUACCCCCCUGAAAUGCGAUUGGUCUAGUUUUGGUCUAGCUUUGAGUAUCAAUUGAGUGGGUUUUGUUGUGAAAACCUGGCAACCCUGCGUCCUGCCUCCAGGACAGCAUGUGGAUUUAGUUUGAAAUUGAAGUUUGUUGAACUUGAAACACACAAAUCACACUUCGACCAAUAUAAAGAUUAUAUUUAUGAGUGCUCUGCGAAAUUUCAUGGGUGAAACCGAGUCAUUCCAAUAAGAUACCACGCGAUCAGGAGUUUGACGCAAGGAUGAAAAAAUUCAUAAGUUGGUUAUGCGAGUUCACCACGCUGACCAACAAAGUUGGAUGGUGUAAAAGUGACUUCUGUGUGAGUGUUUUAUACAUCGCUACGCUAUUGAUGACAGACCUUUUUUGCCUACAAACUUUUGCUGAAAUUUCACUAAUUUAACUGCACCUUAUGGCCGUUUAGUUUCAAAGUGACUUCUGAGUAAGCGGUGCUUCAUGAAUUGCUAUACUAUUGAUAAUGGACAGUGGAUAUUUGUCUGCGAAAUUUCACUGAAGUUUUGCUGAUGUGACCGCGCCAUAAGAGGGAACCUAUUUUCACAUUAAUUUAACCUCGACUCAGUCUGGCCUUGAAAGCUUGAUGACCCAAUCCAUCUGUAUGGAUCCCUGAUUACAUCUUAACCAUUCAUUUUGCAGUACAACUGACAUUUUGCACUUUUUGAGCGUACAAAAGCUGGAUCUUCCACUGCGGCAGAUAUCUGUGGUCACUGGCUUCUCCUGCCUUAUUUUAAUGGAAAUGUUUUAUCAACCACUUUCCAACUGCGAUAACUACCCCUUGAUUUGCAUGUUAAUUUGUUGCAUUUUGCACAAUCUCUUGCCUCACAGUUAGCUAUACAAUUACACUAAUCAAGAGACCUUGAUGCCAGAUGAUGCAGCUGACUCCUCGCUGCGUCAAUUUCCCUUGUUGAAAGGAAAGGAGUAUGUGUCAUCAGCGGCUUCCAGCCACGUUUAAAAUCUCAACAUUUUUCAAAUUACUGUUAAUGCUUGCCUGGCCUCUUACAGUGGUCUCUCUUGGUUCAGCUUGUGGGAAAUUAACGCAAAACGGUUUCGUUUAAAACUAAUGUAAGAGUAAAGCAGUUUUGUUUUACUCCAGAUUAUGCAGGACUUUGUUGGGAUCUUUAAAAGAACAAGUAUGAUUUCACUUAUAGUUCUGUUCGAUUUACACCAAAGAAAAUCCACACGGAUCAAACAUUCCGGCCUUCUGCAAACCAAAGUUUAGCUACAGUGCUUUGACAAUAUUUAAAUGCUGCUUUAUAAAUUGUUUUUGUGCAUUUUUUGUGGGUUGUUUUUUUUUUUUUGUAUGCUGUACCUGUACAUUCUGUAAAGCAUGUAUAAAGAACAUUAUGUUUCAGAAAAUUCUGACAUUUAGCUGACAUUUAAACAAUAAAAUGAAUUUACAUGCA